AUGUUUUGCUGUGGAAGGAAUGGGAAUUAGCAGGCUUAGAGGAAUAGAAUGACAAGAUUCCGUUUUUCAGCCGAAGAGGUUCAAGAAUUGCAUCGAAGAUUUUAAAGAAUGACUAAUGGAUCUAAUUUUUUAACAAAAAAUCAAUUUAGAGACAACAUGGGACUACUUGGUCUUGAAACAGUUCAAGUGUUGAGUGAUUGUUUAUUUUAAAUUAUUGAUGAAGAUCAGGAUGGUAAAAUUUAGUUUAAUGAAUUUCUUGCUUAUUUCGAUAAAAUCACAUAUGGUUCUCAGGAUGAAAAGGCUGAGAUAUCAUACAAAUUAAUCGAUUAAAAUAGAAAAGGAUAUUUCACAUUAAGAGAUUUCUAAUAGACAAUGCAAGCUUUGAUUGAUUCUUGGGUCGUUAUGACGGGAACUGCGAUAACAAAUGAGAUAAGAGAUCACUUAGAAAAAAGAGUUGCCUACAUAUUCACCUAAAUGGACAAGAAUAAUGAUGAGAAAGUCUCAUUUAAUGAAUACAAAGGAAUUUUGGCUAGCGAUCCAUCCCUACUCGACAUAUUCGAAUUCUUAAGGAAAGGGAUAACUAUAUCUAUUAAAGAAGCAACAUUAAAAUAAGAUUAGAUAGUUCUGAGUGAGUUUUAUUUAAUCAAGGAUUAAGCAGUAGACUUAUUUGAAUUGAUGAUAGGAUUGAAGCCAAAUAGAUAUUCGACAACUUUAUAAGCAAAGCCAAAUUUAAUUUCCAGUUUAAUGUUUUGUUAGAAGAAAAUGAGACAAAAUACAACUAGUUAGUUUGGAAUCCAGUAUUUGAUGGGGGAAGAGAUCGAUGCCUUAUCAUUGAGGAUGUCAAGCACUUUAAAUGUGAAUAAGAACCGUCAACAAGGAGCAAUUUAGACCAGUCAAAUUAUAUGUGCCACUAGUUAGAUUGGUCCAUUCAUACAUAGAGGAGAUCAGGAAAUUCCUAUCAAAAUAGAUUAUAAUUUGUAAUCAAAAGAAAGUGAGGAAACCUUGGAUCCAGAAUUGACUGAUGGAUUAGAGAAGAUUAAUUAUAUGGCAGAAGACUAAAUAAGAGAUAAUUAUAAAGAAGCAUUAAUUAAGAUUCACGAAUUAAAAUAGCAAACUUAACAAUCUUUGGAUAGAUUAGAAAAAAUGUAUUAGAAGAAAUUGGAAGAAUUCAAUGUCAAAAAGAAGAAAGAUUUAGAAAUAGCUGAAAAAAGAAGAGCUACAAUAGCUAACAUAAAUAAAAAGAGAAAAACAGCUUUGUCUGUAUAAUUUGGACAUUAGAAUUGGAAUCUAGUAUUAAAUAUGAUGAUUGGAAUUUAAAUGGCAGUGAAGUCAGUAAAUGCCUUAAGUGAUUACGAAGUUACAUUAAAAGACUUUAAAUUAAAGUACUAUUUUGAACUCAUGCCAAAGAGAACUGGUAAUGAAAAGGCAACUUUUAAAGUUUGUAAAUUCUUUGAUUACGCUCCUUAAGUGUUUAAUCACAUUAGAAAAAUGUUCUUUAUAGAUAAUGACAAUUAUUUGAGUAGCAUAGGGCCUGAAACACUAUUAUCAAGUAUCUUAAAAGGAGAUCUAAGUACACUAUCUGAAUUAACAUCUACUGGUAAAAGUGGGAGCUUCUUCUAUUAUUCUUAAGAUGGCAUAUAUACAUUGAAAACAAUUUCAAAAACAGAGUUCACUUUUAUGAGACAUAUCUUAUAUAAUUAUUUCAAACAUCUUAAAGAUUAUAGGCAAUCCUUGAUAAUUAAGUUGUUUGGAAUGCAUAAAAUCAUUUUGGAUGAUAAAAAAAUACAUUUUAUCAUUAUGAGUAAUGUAUUCAAAACAUCCCACGAAAUUAAUUUGAGGUAUGACAUUAAGGGGAGUCUUCACUAAAGGAAAACUCCUAGCAAUGCUGAUUAUACUGUGGCAAGGAAGGAUUUAAAUUUUUUGGAAUCUCAUGAAAAAAUUAAUAUUAGGGUUGACAAAUAAAGUGAAUUACUCACUUAAUUAUGCAGAGAUGCUGAUUUUUUUGCCUAAAAUAAUAUUAUAGAUUAUAGUUUACUCUUGGGGAUUCAUGAAAUUAAUGUUCUUCAAAAUUCUUCCAGGACUGACUUACUCCAAGAUUAAGAAUCAGAAGACAUUUCCAUAAUACAAUCAAAAACUGGCGAUAAAAUUUAUUUCUUUGGAAUUAUUGAUAUAUUGACAAAUUUUAACACUAAAAAGAAGAUAGAGUACUGUUGUAAAAGAUGUUUUCAAGGCCCUGACAUUUCUGCGAUACCUCCUCAUCAAUAUGCUGAAAGAUUUAAGAGAUUUAUCACGAAUAUGUUUAGAAAUAAUGUCUGA